UUCCUCCUCAGGCUCUCUCCUUUCUCUUGAUUGUUUUCUCUCCCCUCUCUCUCUCUCUCUCAAUGAAGAAGCUCAACGACUGGAUUAUCGUGCUUUCUCUCUCUACUCUUCUCAUUCUUCGCAUCCUCUAUGUGUUAAGGUGCACAGGGAAGCCACUGCGUCGCUCGUCACAGCAGGCCCUCAAGACUCUCAUCGUUCUCGGCUCCGGUGGUCACACAGCUGAAAUGCUUAACCUUGUAGCUGUUCUUCAUAGGGACAGAUUCUAUCCUAGAUGUUAUGUUGCUGCUGCAACUGAUAAUAUGAGUCUUCAAAAAGCUAGGGUUUUGGAAGAAUCCUACUCUUAUGAGACUAAUGUAGGAAAGAUGGUAGAGGCUGCUCAGUUUAUGCAAAUUUAUCGAAGUCGAGAAGUUGGUCAAUCCUAUUUCACCUCUAUUGGGACAACUAUUUUUGCUAUGCUUCAUGCUUUAUGGAUGACAUUUAUAAUCAGGCCUGACAUGGUCCUGUGCAAUGGACCAGGAACUUGUAUACCUAUUUGUGUUGCUGCCUUCCUUUUUAAGGUAGUUGGUAUCAGAUGGAUGUCUAUUGUUUAUGUGGAGAGCAUAGCUCGAGUAAGGAAGCUCUCUUUAAGUGGUUUGCUGCUUUACAAGUUCCAUUUGGCAGAUCAGUUCUUUGUGCAAUGGCCUCAAUUGCAGAAAAGUUAUAGUAAAGCUCACUACGUCGGAUGUCUCAUGUAGUUGUCAACUCUUGCCUCAAUCGUGUUAUCAGGCCAUUUUCUGUUCCCGUAAUUAGUGCCCCAUCCACCACAACAUUGUGAACUUGGGCAAGUGAAUGUUUCUUUCCCAAGCUGCCUAUGCUGCACUAUUGUAAAGAAUCUCAACUGAAAGAUCAAGCCUCAAGCUCAGCCUGAUAAAGUCAUGAAAGAGAAGAUACAAUGGCCACAAACCUUAUUCCAUGCCCUGGACCACAUGUAAGUCCUGAUAUAGUCACAUUGUAAGAUCCAUGACCGAUAGAAACACAAUCAUCCCCUGCAACAAAAGACCAGCAUACAUUUUCUUCAUCAGAAAUGCUUGUUCCAUGUUUUAUCAACCCAUACAUACAUAAAUACAUGCAUACAACA